GCUCGUGCUGGACGACCGUUUGGCAAAGUGCGGGGUGCGAUGUGAGAGAUUCCCUCAGAAACCUCGGUGCGGGCUCGCUGCGUUUACCUGGCCGGAAAGUGGAAAGUAACGCCGAGUGCAGCGUCUACCUCUUCUUCUACACCAUGGCCUCCAAACCUCCCCCUCCUCUCAUGAAGAAGCACAGUCAGACCGAUUUAAUUAGCCGCCUCAAGACUCGGAAAAUCCUGGGUGUUGGAGGAGAAGAUGAUGAUGGAGAAGUUCACAGAUCAAAGAUCAGUCAGAUGUUGGGGAAUGAAAUAAAGUUUGCAGUACGAGAACCCACAGGCCUCAGACUCUGGAUCUUUGUCUCUGCAGUUCUGUUCACAGCUACAGCUUUAGUGGCCCUUGUUUUCCCCGCCCAACUCUACGAGAUGGUCUUUGAGCUCGCCACUACGAAGGUCUCCAUCAGACUCUACGGAGGAGCUCUCUUGAGUAUCUCGUUAAUCCUGUGGAAUGGCCUCUACACGGCAGAGAAGGUCAUCAUCCAGUGGACUCUGCUCACUGAAGCGUGCUACCUGGGUGUACAGUUACUUGUGACGUCUGUCUCGCUCCUGGAGAUGGGCACGCUGUCCAACGGAGCCGCUCUCCUCCUCCUCAGCGACGGCGUCUUCCUCAUCGUCACCCUGUCGUACUACGGUCAGCUCAGCCGUCGGCCCAAGAAGAUCUGAGAUGUACGUGUGUGUGUGUGUGUGAGUGAGUGAUAUGAGUAUAAUACGAAGUGCACGUUACAGGAUUUGUCUUUCUUGACAUGUUUACAAGAUCAGUGACUCGGGUCACAUGGUGGUGGUUUUAUUUCAUUAUUACACAAAUCUUUAUUUUUUGCAUCUACAUAAAUAUUAGGAACAUUCUCAGCUUGGAUGCUCAGUUUAAUGCUUCUGACCAAUUCGUAAUUUCGCUUCAGAACAGCUUUUGUUAUUUAUUUUUGUUGACAUGAGCAUUAUGGUAGAAUUCUAUCAUGACACUUUUUUUUUUAUAUAAAAUAUAGUUAUAAUAGACACUCAUGGCCACUUUAUUAGAAACACACAUCCACCUAAACAGUUUUCUGCAGUUCUGUAAUCAGCCGAUCCCUCGACAGCAGCACGACGCAUCAAAUCCCGCAGAUACAAAUCAAGAGCUUCAGUUAACAUUCACAGUGUUCAAACAUCAGAAUGGGAAACAUUGUGAUCUCACAGUGAAGUGUGACUUCCUUUCACUGUGGUAUGGGUGUUGGUUUGAGCCACAUGAGUAUUUUUGGUUUGAGUGUAGCACAACUUUUAUUCAUCACACACUUGUGAAAUUUCCUCUCUGCAUUUAACCCAUCUGAAGCAGUGAACACACACACACCCAGAGCAGUGGGCAGCCAUGCUAACAGCGCCCGGGGAGCAAUCAGGGGUUCGGUACCUCGCUCAAGGCCGUCUCAUAUUAACCUAACCUGCAUGUCUUUGGACUGUGGGGGAAACCGGAGCACCCGGAGGAAACCCACACAGACACGGGAAGAACAUGCAAACUCCGCACAGAAAGGCCCUCGCCGGCCCCUGGGUUCGAACCCAGAACCUUCUUGCUGUGAGGCGACAGUGCUAACCACUUACACAACUGCUGAUCUCUUCCUGGGGUUUUCUCACACAACAAACAGCCUCUAGAGUUUACACAGAAAAAAUGGUGCGAAAAACAUUGAGUGAGCGAGCGACAGUUCUGUGGGUGGGGGAAAAGAAAAAAACGCCUUAUUGAUGAACGGUCAGAGGAAACUGGCCGGAUUGGUUCGAACUUUUUAUUUUAUUUUCUAUUUUAUGCCAGGAAGGAUAUAGGUAGUAACAACUGCGGUGAGCAGAAAAGCAUCUCAGCAUGCAACUGCAGAACACCCCAUUGGGUUCUGCUCCUGCAACCACAAACAAGUUCCUAUUAAAGUGGCCGACGAGUGUAUACGUCACAGUACUUGGUUUGGAUAGAAAAAUACCACCAAAGAUUAAGCUUACAAAGUUCAGAGGUCAUGUUUGCUUGCUUUUUUUUCCCUUUUUAUCCAAAGGUUUAUGAAAAAUGAAAGUGUAAUGUAUGCAUGUAUAUAACGAGGAAAGGGCAAUGAAUUAAAAUUUCGGUACCAAAAUUUUCGUCGAACCUUCAUGCAGUUGCUUGGGAGAGUAGAGAGUUCUAAACACAAGCAUUUCAUAAAAGUUUAUCAAAAAACAAACUUGCCUGAGUUUCCCAAAAGCAUCGCAGCACAAAUAACGCUCUCUGUCCUAGUUAAGAUGCUCUUAGUGUUAAGAGGCUUUUGGGAAACCCAUCCCAGUUUGUCUUGUUCAUUUGGUGUGAUUUGGUUUCAGGUUUCUGACCAAACUUGAUCGUCUGUGAUGCGGUCUUAUUCACGCUAACGUAUGAAGAAAAAUAUUUAAAUGUUUCUAGAAAAAUUAAUCUUCUUAGAAAUUUGCGUGGAGGUUUGAGCGACAGCUCUUUUUUUUGCCUCUCGUGAUCAACACUGGCUCUUCGCUCCCUCGGCUCUAAGCAAGAUCUGUUUUUAGGAUUAACUCCAACAUUGGCCUACUUCUAACUUCUGCUUCAUCCAGCUGAGCGUUUCUGUCCUAUCUGAUGCACAACCAUACGAAUUCGAUGUUGUUUCAUGCACAAGAAUGCAUCACUGGCCUAAUAUCAGUGUUUAUAAGCAAGAUUGCAGCAUGCUGUAUUCCUUUUUUUUUUUUUCAACAUCUAUGUUUUGUCCAAAGUUGUAUUUGUUGGUGUUGGGGACGUGAAAGAAUUAAUUGAGAUCUCUUUCACAUAGACGCAAUAACAAGACAGCCUUCAGAAAGAAGCACAUUAUUUACAGCUUUUAUUUUUUGUUUGUUUCUCUCUUUCUCUUUCUGGACCAAACAAAGAUUCCCAUCCCUCACUAGCAGCGCUUUAUUGUCCAAUAUCAAUAGUUUGAGCACCUGGACUCUGAGGUUUGCUUUCUGUGCUUCAUGUCUGAGCAAAACACGACACAACACUGACUCCCACAUUCCAGAGUGAUGACUAAGGUGCGUGGGACCAAAUCUGUGUCCGAUCUGUUCAUUGAAACACUUUGACCGGCCUGUAAAAUCCGAAACGCUUCAAUAUUUUUUUUUCGAAGAGGAGUGAGAGAGUGAAACAAACCACUGACUCUUAGCCGAAUUGUGCCCAGUCAGUGGAAAAGGGGGCCAAAACUUACAGGAACUCUCGCUCAAAACACUGUUGGCUUCCUGACUUUAUAAAAAUUGAAAGAGACGAAACUAAGUUUUAGGGAAGAUUUUUUUUUUCGAGGCGCUUCUGAGACUGAAAUCAAAUCGACACUUUCAGCUGUGCCAUCAGUUUUCAGACGGCUAUUUCCUGAUCUCUUCUUAUUUUUUUAUUUUUAUUUUUAAAUCAGUUGCGUAAUCCUGUACUGUGUGCUCAGUUUGUUGAGGCUGUUUUAACACUUGGCACAUUUAUUUUCAUCCCCCAGCAUGUUUGUCAUGUUUAUCCCAUGUGAAUCAGCUGCUUUUAAAAGCCACUGAUGCUGCUGGGAAAUUUUUUUUUUUUUUUUCCCCCCCACAGUCAAGCUUCCACAAGUUGAGGAAAAAAAAAAGUCCUGGUGAAAGAGUUAAAGACUGAGUGAGUGAAUAUGAGGAGAUUCGGACACAAUCUGAUCAGUUUAUCUUGAUUUUCUUCCUGCAAAGUGACAGUGAAGACAAACAGCCUCCUGAUCUCCAGAGUUAUUAAUCCUGAUUUCAUCUGAUUACUGAGAAUCAUGAAUCUAAUCUACAGAGCGAGGCUUAAAAAAAAAAAAAGUAUGAAAGCAGCCAUGGAGAGUUUUUGGUUUGUGAAAUGACUUGGCAGAACGUUCUCUGUUUACUGUCGCUCUUCUGUCAGGAGCGAAUGGAAUAUGGUUUGUGUAGCACCGCGUGUUUCUGUGGGCGCUUUCAGUUUCACUCUGUGACGCUCCGAUACAGAGUGAUGCGUUUGGGAAUGCAGGGGGAUUUCUGGUCAGGACUUCUUCAGGUGUUUUCCUCAACAUGAUCUCCUUUUGGUAAUUUUGUGCACUGGGUUAAAAAAAACAAAACCUUGAGUUUUCGAGAUUUAUUUUUUCAAUCGUAAACUUUGUAUGUAUAUAGCAGUUUAACUAAAGAUGUGUUAUCCGUUGUGAAAACUUCAGACCUGUCAACCUUUACGCGUUUUGCGUCGGAGUGCCGCAUCCCCAGGAAAACGCCAUCCGCCCUCUUCCGCAUACAUAACCUCGCGUCGCGCUAUUGCCGAAAGUCUCUGUGAUUUGACAAGGCAGCAAGGGUAUGCCCCGCCCAUCCUGAGAGCACAUUUUGCUCUCCUGGAUUCCUGGCCGCAGAUGGCUGUGGCAUUAUCAGGAUUUGAAAUCACGAUCUCCGGAACACGGCAUUUUAACAUCCGAGUACUUUGGGUUAUGAAUCUCUGGAAAAAUACAGCAUCUUCUCCCACUCCACAUGAGCCAAUCAGCUCAUCCAGGUGAAUUUGGAAUGAAUGACAGUUGUAGAGGUGUUUUUGAACUCUCCGAUAUUAACUGAUCCUCUCGAAACCCCACCCCCGUCCGUAUUAUCUUCCUUCUCUGACGGGACAUGGAGAGAGAUUUUAUUCCACAUGAAUGAACCCAAAAUAGUGUGCAUUUGAUUUGGCUAACAUUACACAUGAAUAGUCAACAUCACGAGAAGUUAUUCCACGAAACGGAGUCGUACAUGAGCCGAUGGCUGACGAGGCGCGUAGCACUGAGUUGUCUACAAUCCAUGUACGAUGAGAUUGAGUGGAAUAACUUUUUAUUCUAUCCACAUUCACUGGAUUUUGAGAAACAGAUUUUUUUUUUCAAAUUCGAUUAAUAAAAAUUUUAUACAAAACGUCUGACAAAAUAACUUUUCUGCUUAGAAUGUAAACAAACUGGUGAAAUGACAGGAGCGGUUUGUGAAAAAUGCGAUAAUAAUUCUAGAAAAAUAAAUAUGUUCUUGCCAUCAAAUACGCUCAUUCCAUUUUUUGGGGGAGGUGGUUGUUUUCAAGGAGAGUUUUUAUUUCGUCCUUGUUUGGUUCAGCAAAACGCUCCGCCAUUUUGUUUUUCUCUACUCAUGGUAUAUGAGCUGAUAGCCUAGUAGUAGAGUAUCCAGUCAGAGUGCAUGAUUGCUCAUAUCCAGUGAAUGUGGGUAGAAUAAAUAUAUAUUGGAUAGACGCGAGUGUUUUACUGAGAAAUACGCCACUCGUAUUUUUCAUCCGGGACAUGGAGAAGCAAAACCGGGACCUAAAUCUCUCUGUGACUCGUGAGGAAAUUGAGGAGUGAGUUUUUCGAUAAAUUUGGGGACUUUUUUUUUUUUGGUUUGUGAAUGUGUCGAUAUAAUAAGAAAAUCACACGCUGGCUUGAAGAUCUGAAGCUUAUUUUCUCAUGUUGGAAAAACUCACAUUUUUCAUGAGUGACAUUUAAAUAAUAUUGUCUGGCUUUUUUUUCGCAGUCUAUCAGAUAUAUUCCAUUCAGCGAGCGUGAUGCUGAAUGGAAUGUAUCUGAUAGAUCACGAAAAAAGCCAUUAUUAUUAUUAUUAUUAUUAUUAUUAUUAUUAUAAUACAUUCCUUUCAGGUGUUCGACGCGUCUUUCUCUUUCAAAAUUCUCUCAAAAUCUUCCGUAUUUCACGAAGCAAACCUGGCGGCCGUGUUUGUUUACAAAUUGUCACAGUCGCUCACUCGCUAGUGCGGAAGUUUUACGUCUCCAACGUGUGACAUCAUGUCUUGACAACCGUGCAAUAUCAUAGACCAUAUUCAACGCUCAUUCUCCAUUGGGUAGAGUGACGUAAUACACGUAGGAUAAGCGAUAUGCUAACAAUAUUGCAUGCUAUCAAACCAAAUGAAUGAAACUCGCUAGAAGGGAAUAGAACACGUUUUUAUUCCAUCGAAAAAGUGUCCCGUAUGGAUAAUAAUCACUGAUAUUUCACUCCGUCACUCCCCAGUGUUUUCCCCACUGACUAGACGCGUGUUGUCAAAAUGGCGAACCGGUUCAAAAUUAAAAUUCUUUUGACUAACUUGUGUGGGUUUAUUUAUUUAUUUUGGUGGAUGUGUCCAUAUAAUAUAAAUUACAUUAUACAUUCACCACUUGAAGAUAAACUUCAUAUCUUUGUGCCACCAUGUAAUAUCCUCUAUAUAUAUUAUGGAUGGCUCUGAAUAUUUUCAGACAUUUUCAUCACUUUUUUUUAUUCCCCCCCUUCUCCCCAGGUCAGAAUUGAUUUUAAAUAGGCUAAAUCUAACGCAUUUAUAAAUAGAUUUAAUGCUCACAAUAAAUAGAAAGUGAUUUAAAUAUGAUGUUUGCUCUCUUGUGGCAGAAUUUAAGCAUCAUGGUCAAGCCUGCUGCAAUCGUGUGUGUGUGUGUGUGUGUGAUUUAAAAAAAAAAAGUUUUUGCGUAAACAACCAGGUGAUUGUGGGGGCGCUUUUCAUCUAAUUGCUGUACGUAACAUCUUUAUCCUCGAAUAGUUUCUACUUGGACGCAUGAUUGACUGACUCAAUAACACAUCGCUCCUCUUUAAGGUCGGCAGGUCCGAUGUGUUGAAAUGUCAUUUUACGUUUGGAAUUUGUUACUGUUACGGUCAGAUUAAUGAUGUUAUUUCUCAUGAAAAAUAGCAAAAUGUUGAUUGUCGAGCUGUUCUUAUAAACGGUCAAAGUAAAUAAGUAACACUUUGAUGCCGUUUUAUCAUUUUAAAGCACAGUUUGGUAAAAAAUAAGCUCGGAGUGGUGUUCCUGAACCCCGAGUGCAGGUUCUCGAUCGUUUGGAAAUUGUUGUAUUGUUUGUGAAAAGAGCAUUCAGUGCAUUAACUGCGUUACUCGAUUAGUGUUCAGACUGAGAACAGUUUGUCCUUUUAGUUUAUCUGCGUUAAUUAGUCAGGAUAUUUGUGAUUAGCGUAGAUCAGGAUAGAGCUUCGAUUAUUUGUGUGAAAUGUAAACAGAUGGUUUUUUUUUUGGGGGGGGGGGUUGUGCUGCGUAGUCGUAGUGUAGCAGGACAAAUGUAGCAUUAACGAAAUCUGUAAAUGCACCAAAUUAAAAAAAAAUAAUAAUAAAGGUUUUGCCUUUGUGCUGUUAUGUCAAAUUUAAUCCUGAUUAAUGUUAACGUUGACAUUUAACACUUUUUUUUUUUUUUCCCCCAACUUCAACCUCAUGUUCUGACUCGAGUAAUACUUCAGUACUGGUAGUGUUUUGACGAUAACCUGCUGCUCUUGCAGAAUUAAGCAGGUUUUUGACUGUAAUGAUGUAAUUAAGAGCAUUCUACUCAACAUGGAUGGGUGAUGAUUAGAUGUUAUGCACUUAUUUUAGGUCAGUAUCAACUGAUGUCAGGUUCAUCAGGACUGAGUUUCAAUAAAAAGCUGAAGUUUUUGUGUUUCAUUAACACGUGGGUUUUUUUUUGUCCAUUUAUUGCUACUUAAACACAUUAUUUCCAUUUUGUAUAAUACAGACAUGGUCACUAAUGUAUUAACUUUUGUUAAUUACAGGUUUUGUCUCACAGUUAUGGUUAUUUAGUUUUCACAAGAAAGGGGUUAAAUCUCAGUAACUGAGUAUAAAUAAUGUUAACUUUAGUCCAAGUACAAUUUUAACAACCAGGAAGUGUUUCACUGUGUCUCAGAUCUCCAUCUGUGUGUGAAAUGAAAAGCUUGAAUAAAUCAGCAUGAUGAUACACGUUCGCAUUAUUGUUCUGAAAAUGAAACGUUCUGUGAUCAUCAUAAAGGCGUCCUCGGGAAUGAUCUCUGAAGUAACCAAAAGUUUCACCAUGACCUCACCAAAUUUUCAGUUCUGAACACAUCUGGGUUAUUGUUGUGUGUUGAGUUUGUGUUGUUUUGCACGGUGACGUCGCGUCUUGAGCACAGUGUGAUUUCACAGAAACAGCACGACCUUCACUCUGCCUCUUUACUCCUGAUUGCGUUGUUUUUCAUACGAACAUACUUAGAGUUCUGUAUAUACUUUUUGUAGCAAGAAUGUGAAGUGCUUCGAAAUAAAUAUACAGUUUUGCAAACGA